AUGGCUCGAGGCUGGAAGGCGGUGGCAUUGGCCGGCUUGGUCUCCGUCGCCCACUCACAAACCUCGAAUCCGACAAUAUCGAUUGCACAGAUUACAGAUGUGAUCAACAGUACAGGCAUCGUUCCCGCAAACCUCCUGGGAGUCGCGGCCACUUUCCUCUCCGCACUCCUCAACAGCACACAAACAUCCAUCACGAAUGCCCUUUCACAGCCCGGUGUCGAUCCGCAGAAGCUCUUGAACCCCGAACUAUACUACUCAUAUGGCCACUCUCCACCUGUCUACCCUUCUCGUAGGUUCCAAGUCUUGCAGAAGAGAACGUUCGACAUGCUGAUGUCUUGCAGCGCAAGGAAGUGGAGAUGGAGAUUGGGCGCAGGCCUACACCCGGGCGAAAGCGUUAGUGGCUCAGAUGACUGCACAGGAAAAAAAUGCUGUCGUGAUACCGGCGAAAGACACAAGAAGCUGUGCCGGAUUCGUUGACAGCAUCCCUCGCCUCAACUUCUCUGGAAUCUGUUUCAACGACGGGCCCGCGGGAAUCCGUCUUCCAGACGAUCUAGUGAGCGGGUAUCCUGCUGGUAUCUCCGUGUCGGCUUCAUGGGACAAAGGUCUUGCAUGGCAGCGAUCCAACUCGAUGGGUGCAGAGUUCAAAGCUAAGGGCAUCAAUGUCGCACUCGGACCCGUAGUGGGUCCUUUGGGAAGGGUAGCUCGGGGUGGACGGAACUGGGAGGCCUUCGGGAAUGAUCCGUAUCUUGCGGCAGCCUUGGUCGAGCCGUCGAUUCAGGGCCUCCAACAGUCUGUCAUUGCUUGUGUGAAGCACUACAUCGUAAGUGGCUCUCAAGGGAGAGCAUUUCAUCCAGGCUAAUGGCUUGCUACAGGCCAACGAACAGGAGACGAAUCGAAACCCUUUCCUCCAAGGAUUCCUCGCUCCGCUUGGCGUCAACCUCAACAACUCAGUAUCUUCCAACCUCGAUGAUCGAACAAUGCACGAGCUGUAUCUCUGGCCAUUCUACGACGCAGUCAAGGCUGGUGCUGGCUCGGUGAUGGCAUCAUACAAUCGCAUCAACAACAGUUACGGCGCACAGAACAGCAAGGCCCUCAAUGGCCUUCUCAAGACCGAGCUCGGCUUUCAGGGCUUUGUUGUCUCUGACUGGGACGCACAGCACACCGGCAUUGCAAGCGCAAAUGCAGGCCUGGAUCUGGUCAUGCCGUCCGACCGUUACUGGGGGAACAACCGGUUGGUGACCGCUGUGAACAACGGGUCGAUGAAUUCUACCCGACUAGACGAUAUGGCUACACGUGUUCUGGCUUCAUGGUUCCGCUAUGCCAAAUUCUCGAACCCAGGUAUUGGGCCGAACAAGGCAGUCGAUGCUAGGAAAUCAGCCUCUGCACAAGUCAUUCUACAAUCGGCAGUCGAGGGCCAUGUCCUGGUCAAGAAUAUCAGAUCUGCACUGCCUCUGAAGAAGCCCAAGACCAUGUCCAUCUUCGGUUGGGACGCCCCGAGUGGACUGAACACUUCCGCAUCCGAUGCAAACCUGUAUGCGCUUGGGUUGGCCAACACCCGCAAAUAUGCCGAUGGCUCGGACUUUGGUGAUAUUCAAUUCCUGACGUCUUCUGCCGCCGUCGGUCCAGCCGGCACGUCCUUUCCAGCUAUUGCAUUGAACGGCACAAUGAUCGGCGGUGGUGGCUCGGGAGCCAUUACUCCGACGUCAAUGAUCUCGCCGCUUGACGCUCUCAUGCGACAGGCGGCUAGUGAUGGAACCACGCUUCACACCGACUUUGUCUCACAGAACCCAUCAGUACAGCCAAGCGAUGCUUGUUUGGUCCUCAUCAAUGCCCAAGCAUCAGAAACGGCGGACCGAGGCACACUUGCGGAUGAGUAUUCCGAUUCUCUCGUUUGGAAUGUGGCUUCGAAGUGCUCCAACACCAUUGUCAUCAUUCACAAUGCCGGGAUUAGGCUCGUGGAUCGCUGGUAAGUAAUGUCUUCUGACGGCCACGCUUGUUCAAAUGUUGAUGUGCUUCACCAGGAUCGAUCAUCCAAACGUCACAGCGACAAUGUUUGCGCACUUACCCGGACAAGCAAGCGGCGACGCACUGGUCGAAGUCCUCUACGGUCGGCAAUCACCAUCCGGACGCUUGCCAUAUACCAUCGCGAAAAACGAAUCCGAUUACGGCGUUCUGUUGAAGCCGACCUUACCCGAUGCUCAGAAUCCGCAAUAUUCCCAGGUCAAUUUCACCGAAGGCGUCUUGAUCGACUACCGCCAUUUCAUCCACCAGAACAUCACCCCGCGUUUCGAGUUCGGCUAUGGCCUCACAUACAGCACGUUUGGAUAUUCCAACAUCACCAUCACGCAGAACACCGCCGUGAACCGCGGUCUGCCUCCUCCUGACGCCGGAUUUAAGGCUCCCUCGGGUGGUCUCGCUUCUCUGUACGACUACCUCACCACGGUCUCCGCGACGAUCUACAACACCGGCUCCGUACCCGCCGCCGAAGUCGCCCAGCUCUACCUCGGCAUCCCCAACAGCGGUGUUGUCAAGGCCCUGAGAGGUUUCGAGAAGCAUUGGAUCCAGCCCGGUGAUUCUACCACAUAUACCUUCCCACUAAGGAGACGCGAUCUCAGUGUCUGGGAUACUUGCAAGCAACUGUGGAUGUUACAGGAAGGCGAGUAUCAGGUCUACGUGGGCAAGAGUGUUUUGGAUAUUCAGCUUUCGGGGAGGUUUACGAUUAAUGGGGGGGGGGGGGGUAGCUUGUUAGAAUGA